GUAAAUUGAGAUGGAGGAGGUAUAUCUAACCUACUCAAAAGAGGGAUAGUCCUCAAAAGCUUAAUUUUUUUUGUUUUUUGUUAGAGCAACUCUAAUGGCGAUUUCUCCAAGUGCUACCUUAACAUCUCAAUUCCUCAAUUGUCACAGACCAAAUGACCAUAAAUGCCCUUCUUCUUCUUCACUCUCAUUCAGUAAAUCAAACUCAAGUACCCUACUUAUUGGUCCUUUAAGUGUAUCAUUACGAAAUGGCCAGAAAUCUAGGAGAUCUCUCCACGUUCAUGGCUUGUUUGGUGGAAAAAAGGAUAAUAACAGUGAUGAUAAUUCCUCAAAGGCUGGAGUACUUGGAAACAUGCAAAAUCUAUAUGAAACUGUAAAGAAGGCACAAAUGGUUGUUCAAGUCGAGGCAGUACGUGUGCAGAAAGAACUUGCAGCUGCAGAGUUUGAUGGCUACUGUGAAGGUGAACUUAUAAAGGCAACACUUUCUGGUAACCAACAGCCGGUACGCAUUGAAAUAACUGACGCUGCAAUGGACAUGGGAUCUGAUAAACUGUCACUUCUAGUAACAGAGGCGUACAAGGACGCGCACCAGAAAAGUGUACUGGCAAUGAAGGAGAGAAUGAACAAUCUUGCUCAGAGCUUAGGGAUGCCAGCAGGAUUAGAAGGAAUGAAGUAAUCAGAAAAAUAAGUUACAAUUUUGUUUAUAACUUAUUUUUACAUUUUGUGCAAAAACAGAGUGAAGCAAAAAUGAGCUUUCAGGUUAUAUAUAUUUAUAUUAUAUAUAUUUGCUAUUAUUCUCUCAAAA